AUGCCUGGCUUCGACUUCUCAAACUACAAUCGGAAUCUGGCUCUCCAUGCCAGGGGAGUGCCGUUACCGAAAGCGACGAGUACAGGGACCACGAUUGUCGGAUGUAUAUUCGACAAUGGUGUGGUGAUAGCUGCAGACACGAGAGCUACCAGCGGCCCAAUAGUUGCUGACAAGAACUGCGAAAAACUGCACUACAUCUCGCCGUCCAUCUUCUGCGCCGGCGCCGGCACAGCAGCGGACACGGAAUUCACCACCUCGCUCAUCUCGUCCAGCCUCGAACUGCACUCCCUCUCCACCGGCCGCCCGCCGCGCGUCGUAACCGUCAUGACGAUGCUCAAACAACACCUCUUCCGCUACCAAGGCCACAUCGGGGCCUACCUCGUCGUCGCCGGCGUCGACCCGACCGGAGUCGGGCUCUUCACCGUGCACGCCCACGGCUCCACCGACAAACUGCCCUACGUGACCAUGGGCUCCGGCAGUCUGGCCGCCAUGGCCGUCUUCGAGACGCAGUGGAAGAACAACUGCAGCAAAGACGACGCCAUCAAGGUCUGCAGCGAGGCCAUCCAGGCCGGCAUCUUCAACGACCUCGGCUCCGGCUCCAACGUCGACGUCUGUGUGAUCGAGAAGGGCAAGCCCACGCAGAUGAUGCGCAAUCACAUCAGGCCGAACGAGCGCGUCAAGAAGGAGCGCGACUACAAGUUCCCCAAGGGCACCACCGCCUGGCUGAAGGAGAAGAUCAUCACCAAGGAGCAGAUUGGGAGAUAUGUCACCGUGUCGGAGCUGCCAACCACGGGUGGAAAUGGGAAUGGAAGUGGAAGUGAUUCGGAUAGUCUGGUCGUGGUGGAGAAAAUGGACGUCGAUGGUUAG